AUGAUCGAAACUACCAACACCUCCAAAUCUCCAACAGCCAUUCUCAAGGAAUUGCCACGUGACUUUGUCCCAUCACCUUACUCUGUCAUUAUCGGACGAGCAAAGGAGUGCAAGCAAUCCUCUGGAAACAAACGUUUGCGUAUCAUGGCAACUGCUUAUCUUCCACAGUACGCCAGCGCCAUUAACAGAAGCGUGAAAUCCCAAGUCGUCUCCCACAUUGUCUCCAUGGUCCGUCAAGCUUGCGGAUCACAAGGAGGCGCCUUUAUCAAGAAGAUCGGAAAGGCGCAAGAUGGAAGCACCAUCUGGGUCGAAGUCAGCGACUCUGCUGCCCGAGAAAAGAUCGGAUACGUUUUCCGUGACCUGUUGUCUGAUCAGUACCGCUCAAGUUCCAAGUCCAAGUCCAUGAGCCGCUUGCGCCGACAGAGAGCCGAGAUGCAAAAGGCAACAGUCCCAGAGCCGCAACCAUUGCACCAAAUGGCCGAUGCUACCCAACUGCAGACCUCCAUCGCAGAAAUGAACAAGGCAAUGAAUGCAAAAUUCGAUUUUGUCUCGAUUCCUAACUCCCUCAUGUCCAUGGCUAAACAACACAACGAUACAUUGAAGAGUACUACUGCUGCUACGAGUACCAGUAUCGUCAAGCCUGAUGUUCAGAAGUCUGCUGUACCAGGAUUGGAUCCCACUCCAAUUUUCUUCAGCCCAGCUGUCCGAAGGGGGAGCGACGUCGCAUGGAUUGAGAUCAUGGCUGACAACCUUCAAGAUUUCUAG